AUGCCAUUUAUCUACAAAGAAGGUAAAGAUACUAUAAUCUUUGCAUCAAAGGAAGAUCAUGCAACGCCUAGUAAAAUAGAACUUCCAGAACCAGAACCAAGUCCUGGUCUCUUACUAUCUGGCGGAGAAAUUAAUUGGAAUUGUCCAUGUUUGGGAGGUAUGGCUACUGGACCAUGUGGUUUGGAGUUCCGUGAGGCCUUUUCUUGUUUUCAUUACUCAACCGCAGAACCGAAAGGUUCAGACUGUUAUGAUGCAUUUAAAACCAUGCAAACAUGCAUGGUACAAUAUCCAGCAUUAUAUGGGAAGAAAGGAGGAUCUUUGGAGGAUUUGGAGGAUGGCGAAGAUCCAAUGGACGAACAUAAAAAAAAUUUAGAGGUCGAUAACAAAGAUUCUCACUUAGAAUCAAAAGUAAAAGAGUUACCCCGUACAUCCGGUAUUGAAACGGGAAUAGAACAAUCUAACGUUAAGUGAACAUUUGUUGCUAGUGAAUAAAUAAUGUAUUUGUGUAGCAUAGUGAGAGUAAAUUUUUACCAAGACUUAAUGAAAGAAGAUCUCUGAAAAUUUUGCAAAGAAUAGGUUGUGUAAGAAAGCACUCUUGUACAAAAUAAAGUACUCUUAAAUGUU